UUUUUGACAUUUCCUUAUUUUUCCAUCGCAGUUUGUCGCAAAAAAUUCCUUGUGCAAUUUUAUCGAGUUUUCCCUGUGAAAAAAUGUCUCUGUCGCGUGCCUCACGCCUUCUUCAGGUCACCAAGACCCGUAGCAUCCCAACUGCACUCUACCAUGCAAAUGUCCUUGAUCAUUAUGAGAAUCCCCGGAAUGUUGGAUCUAUGGACAAGAAUGAGAAGAAUGUUGGCACUGGACUGGUGGGAGCUCCAGCAUGUGGGGACGUAAUGAAAUUACAAAUUAAGGUUGACGAGAAUGGAAAAAUCAUCGAUGCUAAAUUCAAAACAUUCGGCUGUGGGUCUGCUAUCGCUUCGAGCUCUCUGGCCACGGAGUGGGUAAAGGGGAAAUCAAUCGAUGAAGCUGGCAAACUCAAGAAUACCGACAUUGCUAAAGAACUCUCCCUUCCACCUGUUAAGCUUCACUGCUCAAUGUUGGCAGAAGAUGCUAUCAAAGCUGCUCUUGCUGACUACAAAGUCAAGCAGCAGAAGUCCAAGGACGAAUAGGAUGGUUGAGAGAUCUCUGAAAUUAUUAACUUCUUUAGAUUUAUAGAUGUGAUUGGAAGAAUGAAUAUAAAUAUUUUAAAUAGUU